GAAGUGUGUGUGUUUGUAGAGACGAGACAGCAGGCGCAGCUAACUAUUGGUAUCGCGAUCUUUAUCUAGCGUCCCCGUAGCUCCAGCGGUGAUGCAAACAUCAAAAAUGGAGGAUGAAGAAUCAGUGUCAGUAAAAUGGGAUCAUCAUCAGCCAGUCCUUCUUCAAGCCAUCAAGGAAAUAUACACAAAGGGAAUCUAUGCAGAUGUCCGACUUGAAUGUGAUGGUCAUGAACAUUGGGUGCACAAGUUCAUUUUAUCAGCCUGUAGUGAAUACUUCCAGGAGGUUCUGGCUGAUGUGCCUCACAGAGGGUCCAUUACUGUUGCUGCAUAUGUGCAACACAAGCAGCUCAUGUCUCUUCUUGAUUUCAUGUAUCUUGGGGAAGUCAUCGUACCUCAGGAGGACUUAGCGGAACUAGUGAAUGCUGCUGAAGUUUUGAUGGUACGAGGUUUUGCCAUUCCUUGUGAGGAUCUUAAUGAUAAUGAAAACAAUGAACAGUUCAUGCAAGGCAAGGAAAUUUUUAGAUUCACUGAAAACUUUUCAAAUGUUAUUCCUGAAAAUAAUCUUGAGAACAAUAUUAGCAAAGAGGCAAACACUAGUUAUAUGUAUGGACCCAAGGUUAACACAAAAAGAAAAAGAACUGACUUGGAUGGACAAGGAAGAUUAAACAAUAAGGAAAAGAAAUACGAAACUCAACAAUCUUUUCACAAUCAUGAAGAAAUGCUAAACACAUCAAUUAAAGAGGAACCUUUGGAUCAAGAUACAUCUGGCAGACUUGAGUAUCAGGGGUCAACCAAUGGCUAUAUGAUGGAGAAAGGAACUACCCCUACUUCAGGUGGUGAAUUGGGAAGAAGUAAACCAUUACCUAAUGUGCAGACAGACCGAGCUCCAGAUGCAAAUUGCGGAACAUCAAAUGCUGACAUAAGCAACUUGCUAAAUGUUUUGAUUGACAGUAACCCUGCAGAUAUAAAUGGAAGCUUAAGACCUGCUGGGUACCAAAAGACUGAGGAGUCCAGCCAGCCAUGUCAAAAUGCACAGCCAGCAACAGAAGCAGGAUUUGUUUGUCCGCAGUGUAGGAAGGUCUUCCACUGGCGAAGCAAUCUUACCAAGCAUAUGAGGACACACACAGGAGAAAAACCAUAUAGUUGUAAUGUUUGUCCUUAUAAAACCAGUUACAGUGAAGCUCUCAAGAGGCAUAUAAGAAUACACACAGGAGAAAAGCCCUAUAAAUGUGAGAAGUGUGAUUAUAGAAGUAAAGAUUAUGGUUCACUGAAACAGCACGCAAAAAAACAUUCACAGAUAGAUGUAAAUGAAGUAUCAUAAUAUUAUAAUGAAAUCAUACAUAACACAUUAAUUAAGAAAUUAGGUACAAAUGAUGACAUAGUUGUGCAUGAUAUGUACAAUUUUUAAUAGUGAAAAUGAUGGUGACAUUUAUAAGAUAAAAAUGCAUUAUAUUCCAGUUGUACAUUUAGCAAUGUAAUUUAGUAACAUUAUAGUACAACAUGUCAAUGUUUCAAAUGAGUGAAGACUAUGCUAAUUUGCAACAAGUGAAAGUUUACAUUAAGGAAGUUGAACUGUCUUGCUGGUAACCUGAGAUUUUUUUUUUUUUUCCGUUAGAACAGUGAAUGUGUAACCUUUUCAAUAUAUUAGCAUACAUCAGUUUAACAUUUUUUUUUUUUUUUUUUUAUAACUUUCAAAACUAUGGCAAUAAAAAUCAUUCAUUAUUUCCUUUAAAGUAAAACUAGAAAAGAAAUCAUAACUAUGAAACCAAAUCAUCUAUUGAUAAAGUUGCCAAACAGAAGCAACAAACUACCCUGAAUUUUAGUGAUGUUUUUUUCUGAUAAGAUAUUUCUUACCAUUAUCUUUGGCAGGAGCAUGCAUCACUGGUUCUUAGUCAUACUACAAGUAUUCCUCCUUUGUAACAAACACAUAUGUGCUGUAAAUUUUGUAUGUGAUGCAUACCGAGUGUUGCAAAGAACACUUGUAUUCCAGAUUGCACAGGUGAAAUCAGUCACUGCAUUGUAAUAAGAACUGUGUGCAAAGUACAUUUGCAGCUUGUUGAGUUGAUUGAGUUUACUAUGUUGUGGGUGUAGUAGUAGCCUAUAGACAGGAGUGAGAGAUGGACUCCCAUAUAGAUCAUAUCACUAUGAAUUUGGUAUGACCUUCUGUAGUAAUAUUCUUUGAAUUCAUGACCACAAAGCUUUUUUCAGUAUUUUAUAAGUAUUUAAACUAUUCUUUUGCAUAUUUCGUGGUUUCAGUUAAGUUAUAUAGGAAAAUUGUAUUAUUUUACUGGAAAUUAGAGAAUUAUUUGAUUUUAUUUAAUAGAGAUCUUGAAAUGUGUGAAAUAAGGGAAUAGUGCAAUAGUUUCUGUGUUCCUGUGUUGUUAGUAGGAAGUGGCAUUGCUGAACUGUUGACCCAUAUCUUUAAUUUAACUGAGCAGGUGUUAGUUUAAUAAAAAUCAGUUCAUGUUUAACAGACUCUGUCAUAGUAUGUGCCAGUCUCCAGUCACACUGCAAAUUGAAGAGAGACAAGGAUGAUGGAUAUCAAAAGUACUCAAGAUCUCGUCUAUUACUUUUAGAGUGUUUUUAUUCAUUUAUUUACUUUCUUUUUUAUUUUUUCUUGAUUGAUCUAUUUCUUACAUAUCUGUAGCAUUGUAAGGCACUGCUGCUGCAACUCUUCAUGAACCUUAGAUUGCCAGCCUCUUAUACUUGUCGAGGCCCAGUUGGUCAGCCAACACCACUGUUGGUGAAAGACUUUUAAUACCAUGCCCCACAGCCCAAAGAAUUCCCUAAUGGAUUCACUGUCCCCAAAGUAGGGUUGACGGGAAGCACAUGGUUGUUCUUUAAACACUCAGCAAUGGGUUUGCAAUGAGUUAGCUCCCAACAGGACUGAAUUUGAGUCGCCAUGUCUGAAUGCUGAUCACAAGGCUAUCAUGUUCUUCAUGAUCGUCCUAUUUUUGUAAAUUCUUAUGCUGUAAACCAUUGUAUGAGUAGAUAUCUUGUGGUGAGCUUAUUUACAGAUUCAUAGAUUUUGCAAAACACAUGUGAGUACAUGGCCCAAGCCACAUUUGAAUUGGGUAAAGAUAAGGCAUCCUUCUCCUACCAUGGAAGAACAGAAAUUUAGUCACAUGCUUCACUACCUGUUUGUCACCACAAAAUUGAAGCCCCGCAAACACUUUCUUGAUAUUGCAACAAACAUGACUUGUAUAUAGCAUUUACUUUACAAAGAUAGUUUGUAAAUACUUGUGUGGGUGGAAUGAAGUGAUGGUUUUUGAUGUGGAAUACUACAGGAGCUUAUCCUGUAACUUUAAAAAGUAAAUUGAUAGAAGGGAAGUGCACAAUUCACAAUAAUGCAGUAGGUUGCUUUAAACAUAUUGUGAAUAUUUGUCCAUGUUUAGGAUAAAAUGGAUGUUGUUAGUAUUUGCACAAAUGAGUUGGGGAAUGAAUUGGCAAAUUGACAAGUGGAGUCUGACGAAAAGAGGCAAAAUUAUCUCUUAUACUCCUUGUUUAUAGUAUUAUUAUUAUUAUUAUUUUAUUAUUUUUUUUUUUUUUUAGCAUUGUGCAUAGUAUUUGAUUACUUAUAAAGUAUGCUAUAAUCAAUUAUAUGUAAUUUGGUAUGAAUUAGGCUUGUAAUUGUGAAAGAAUAACAACUGCAGGGUAUCCUUGUGAUUCAACUGUUCGCAGUUCGAAUUAUCGCCAAUUCGAACUCAGUUAAUUAAUACCCAAUCCUCCGAGUGACUCACCAAUUCGACAUACAUAUCUCACGCACCACCCACCCGGUCAAAAUCCACCCGGUAAAACCAGUGCUACCCUGUGUCGUUGCUAAGGCGGCGUCACACUACCACUUUUCCAGCAAUCUUUUCCGUCAACUUUUGUCAACGCUGGUCGUCACACACAAGCUGGCUUCCGCCUUUGUCAUGUUUGUCAACUGUAAACAAACAUGGUGGCCCCUUCACCCCCAGCAAGCCAUUGCUAUUUUUUUUGUUGCUAUUUUUGGCUUUUAAUGAUCUCUAUGAGAAACUCUUCAGACAGCUUUGUCCACUCAUAAACAACACAGCUACUCAUCUUGGCCAGUUGUUCCUUGGAAGUUCUACCUUGGAAUGUCGCAGCCCCAGACAAAUGUAAACAAACAACUGAACUACUUUCCACUGUUAGGCUAGGACAAAAAAAAAAAAAAAAAUAUAUA